AUGGCGCCAUCCUUUGCAUCCACCUUAGGAGACCCAAGUCUCCUCGUCGAGAAAUCCUACAUCGACGGUCAAUGGGCAUCAUCAAACUCAACCUUCGACGUCACGAACCCGGCCACAGAGACUCUCAUUGGAAAAUGCCCCGAAUCGUCCAUCGACGAUCUAAACCACGCAAUCCGCGCCGCAUCUAACGCAUUCCCAGCCUGGAGAUCCCUCUCAGGCCGCCAACGCGGGCGAAUCCUCCGCAAAAUCUUCGACCUCCUAGUCGAAAACAAAGCCGAUCUGGGCCGUAUUAUAACAGCCGAGAACGGAAAAGCAAAAGCAGAUGCAGAAGGCGAAGUGCUUUUCUCAGCGAGCUUCUUCGAGUGGUUUGCAGAAGAGUCUCCCCGGGUCUAUGGAGAUGUUAUCCCGCAUAGCAAUUCGACUAGCCGGACGCAUGUUAUCAAGGAGCCUAUUGGUGUGUGCGGACUGAUCACGCCGUGGAAUUUUCCCAUGGCGAUGGGUGCAAGGAAAGUGGCGGCUGCGUUGGCAGCGGGUUGUACAGUGGUUCUCAAAUCGGAUGGACUUACACCGUUUUCUUUGAAUGCCAUGGCCGUGCUUGGGCAGCGUGCAGGUAUACCAAAGGGUGUGCUCAAUGUUGUGACAGCACUGAAUAACACGCCGCAGCUUGGUUUGGCUCUCUGCCAGUCAGACACCGUCAAGAAAAUAUCCUUCACUGGGUCCACAAGAAUCGGCAAACUCCUAAUGGAGCAGUCCAGCAGCACAUUGAAGAAACUGAGUCUUGAGCUGGGAGGUAAUGCUCCGUUUAUUGUGUUCAAUGAUGCGGAUCUGGAGAUCGCGGUUUCCAGUGCCCUUGCCAGCAAGUUCAAGGUGACUGGUCAGACGUGCGUGUGCGCAAACCGGAUUUAUGUACAAGAAGGCAUCUAUGAUCGUUUCUACCAGAGGCUAGUCGAGGAGGUCAAGAAGUUUCAUGUCGGCGAUGGCGCCGAGGAAGCCGUGACGCAUGGACCCAUGACGAAUGGGGUCAGCAAAGUUAAGGAGCACAUUCGAGAUGCUAUCAGCAAGAAUGCGAAAGUCCUUCUUGGAGGAAGCCAGCUACCUUCACUUGGGAAGAACUUUCACGAACUUACCAUCUUGGGCGAUGUCGAUGACUCCAUGAAGAUAAGCACCGAGGAGACUUUUGGCCCGAUUGCAGCAUUGUAUAAAUUCUCAACCGAAGAUGAAGUCAUCACCAAGGCCAACAACUGCGAUGUCGGCCUCGCAUCCUAUGUUAUGACGACUGAUUUGGCACGAUCGCAUCGAGUCACUGAGAGGCUGCAAUUUGGUAUGGUUGCACUCAACACCGGCGUGAUUUCAGAUGCUGCAGCUCCAUUCGGAGGAGUCAAGCAUUCUGGCAUGGGCCGAGAGGGUAGCAAGUAUGGUCUGGAUGAAUAUGUCAAUAUCAAAAUGGUUGUCACAGGCGGCAUCAACACCGUGUACACGCGGCUGUAA